AGUGCAGAAUUAAAAGCUGGUAUGGUACCCAAUCAAGAAAAAAGUGGAAAGAAUAAAAAUAAAAAGAAGAAAAAUGCGCAACAGAACAUUCAACAACCACAAACUGUAGCAAAUUGUAAUACACGAAACGUUCGCAAUAGUAGUCCUGUUGCUGAAGAGGCAGUUACAAAAGCUUCACCUAAACAAUCUAGAAAAGAAGAACAGCAAAUGAAAAACGUUAAGAAAUCAAGUUUAGAAUCCACUAAAGUUAAUCCUGCAUCUGUGACCAAAAAAGGUGAUGGUACAAAUAAGCAAAAAGAUGAAACCAUGUCAAAUAAGAAAAAAGAUAAUAAACAGCGCGAAAAAGAAAAUUUAGCACCUAAAGAAAUAAUUUCUGCUCCUAAACAACAACAACAACAACCACAAACUGAAAAACCAAAAUUGGAAAAACUUGAUGCACCACCUACAAACCCAAAUCAAACGGGCAAUCGCAAAUCGUUAGUUUUUUGUAGUUCACGUAACGCAACAUACACAACUGAAGACACAAAAAAGCCAGAUGAUAGCUUAUUACCACGUGAAACUGUUAACAAACCGAGUCCACCUAAACGUGGUGAAGAUGGUUGGAAGGAAGUAGUAAGAAAAAGUUCAACACAACAAAACACUACUACAUCUACUAAUGCAUCAACAGUGUUAUCCUCUGUCACAUCUACUACGACAGCAGUACCAGAAAUGACAUGCAAGAAAGUUCAAGUGCCGGUCAAUGCAAUUUCUCGGGUAAUUGGACGAGCAGGCAGUAAUAUAAAUGCUAUUCGUGCGACAACAGGUGCACACAUUGAAGUUGAAAAACAAGGAAAAAAUCAAUCAGAAAGAAGCAUAACAAUAAAAGGUCUUCCUGAUGCAACAAAACAAGCUCAUAUGCUUAUUUUGGCUCUAAUUAAAGAUCCCGAUGUCGAUAUAUUACAAAUGUUGCCACGUAUGAAUACAAGCAUAAAAGCAUCUACUUUACCUAUGACUGUUGGCACGUGGGACAACAAAACUGCAUUACAAACAUCGUCUUCUUCUUCAUCGACUUCAUCAACACCCUCUGCUCCAACAUGCUCAUAUCAGGUUACACCAACUACAAGUACUGUCACAACAAGUGUCUCAACUUCAAUGACAACAACUGUUACCAAGACAAGUAUUGCUAGCACGAAACAUAAUAACUUAAUUCCAAAAUCUCAAACAGCUAUUUCUUCUAAAAUUUCAACCGGACGUAGUCAAUCUGCGAAAGCGUUUUAUUCUCAGCAACCACCAACACGUGGCUGCAGUACUCAAGCUAGUACUAGCAGUAUUACUAGUACUCAAAAGCACAAGCCUGGUGGACUGGAAACAUUACCCAAUGUCACAAAAACUACUCCUAAUUUUAAUAACGUUAUAGCAUCGCAAAAGAGUUCAAAUACAAAACAACUGCCCACAGCAUUUAUAAGCAACAACAAUAAUGGUAACAAUACUGUGAGCUCUCAGACUUUUGCAGCGAAAUUAACAGGUGGAAUUCAUAAUGCUUCUCCUAAGAAAACCGAAGGGAGAAUUGUUGGUACCACAGCGCCAUAUGGACGUGGUAAACCGAUACCAAGCUCUUUGUCAUCAAUAUCACAUCUUGUCAGUAAUAACAAUACUUUAUCUGGACCUAUUGGCACAUUUAAUGUAGCUGAUGUUGCUGCUGUUAAUGCAGCUGCUGCAGCUGCGGCUGCAGCAUCCCAAAACAAUGUAAACACAACACGCCCAGUUACACCCAUUGGUCCACCAAAACGUAAUGUUUCACCAAUGCCAAAUACACAAACUCUUCCACAGGAUGUGACGCAACAACAAACAACUACAUCUAUAGGUCAAUCUAAAAUUUCACAAAAUCAAACUGGUGUUAACGAUAGUGCUGGUGGAGCUUCCGGAGCAAAUAACGCUAAUAACGCUUCAAUUGCACAACCAUCAAACUUUGGUACACAGAUUGCUACAAAUCUUAGCAAUGAAUAUUCUUUAUUUAAUGAUAACACUUAUAAAUCUCAAUGGGGAGGUGAAAAUAAACAGAUAUAUUCAUCGAAUACUGGGUUGGCUAAUGAGAAUUUACCAAAAGCUGAUGCUUCUAAAGCUCCUGGUUACAAUAGAAAUAUUUUAAGUUCACCAGUGGGCAGUUCGAAAGCAUCAUCUAGCCUUUCUACAUCACCACCAGGUAGUGUUAUUACAGCACCUAUUGGAUCUCUACCAUCGGGUGUAAAUUCGGGUCAGCAACCAAUAAAUAUUAUGCCUGUGAAUACAACUGUUGGAAAUGCUUCUGCUAUAUCGCCAACUAUUGCAAUUUCAACAAUUGAAAAUGUCUCGACUACAAACACAAACGCCAAUUCUUUACAAGCAUCGCAGUCAACAUCUGCCUCUAGUAAUGCUUCAAUCUCCCCUGGUGUCAUUAAACCUCCUCAAGCAAUUGGGCAAAACUCAGGGAGUACAGCACCUCCAAGCGGCUUAGCAAUUCAACGGCCAGCAAGUAGUCAGCACAGACCAGGCACAGUCGGGUCGAACAUUACAAAUGCCAGACAUACACCGCCUACUACUGCUCCCGUUGCUUCACUUGAUGCUUCAUCAACACCUAUGAAUUUUGGGCCAAUUGGUUCAAAUACUCCAGGUCGUGCAAACGGUUCUGGUGCAAUUGGUUUUUACGAUCAUCUUGUAGCACCCACACAACAAAAUAUGAAUGCUAAUACGCAUCAAAUGAAUUAUCAUAUGGAUGCAAAUGUUGGUGCAGCAUACAACACAACGAAUCCUACACCAACAAGUUUAACAUCACGUUUAAAUCCACGUGCAUCGGCAUUUUCACAACCGAAAACACAACAGCCAGUCUCGCAGCAACCACCCAUUGGUACAGGUAUUUUUCAUCAACAGCAGCAAGCAAAUCCAAAUUUUAUUCCCGGUAAAUCAUUGGCACCAGGACGUCCUCAAUCACAACCACCAAGCGGCCAUAUGCCAAACCAACGUUGGUAUGGUGUUGGAAGCAAUAGUGAAUACGGCGGCUAUGUACAAAAUGCUCGAGAUAUGAUUAAUUUAGAAAAUGGAAUGCCUGGUAAUGUUGGCAGUGGUGGUUCUCCAGCUGCAAUGUCUCCAAAUCAGGGUUCCGGAGCGCAAGGUAAUGGCUUGAUACAAAAUCAAGCACAGCAACCAUCACAACAACAACAAUCAGAAGAUUUACGCAAGAUGCCACGGCCGAUUGGUACAGAACGUGCCACUUGGAAAUUUAAUUACCCAAAUAUGGGUGUCCCAGGUUCCGGUCUAUCACUUGAAGAUAAUUUAUCUGGUGUUUGCGGACCCAAUGCUAUGGGUGCCACAGGACAACUCGUCCCACAGUGGCUGUUAGAAAAACAAGCAUCUCAACAUUCAAAUUGGCUUAUGAAACAACAAUAUCGCUAUUAUGGUGGAGGUGCAAAUAUAACACCAGGAGCAGGGUUGGGAAUGGGUCCUACUGAAUACCAUCAUCAGCAAGAUCCCUUUCAUAUGCCAAUGGAUUAUCACAUGUCUAUGCAGCCACCAAAUUUGAAUCAAACACAGCAAAUGAAUUUAUUACCAAACUAUCAAUAUCCACAGUUUGUUGGACAUGCAACUGACAUGAGUCAUAUGCCGGAUAAAGGAGAAAUGUGGGAUCAGCAUGAUAAACAUUCAUGGCCAACCAAUUGGACUAAUUAAUGGCAAAUAGAGGAAAGGAACAUUAGCGUUCAACAAUAAAAAGAAGCGAACAACCUAUCAACAUAGAAAAACAAAAACAAAAACGAAAACAAAAACAAAAACAAAAAGAUGACUAUUGAAACCAUUCUUGUCUAUGCGUUAUGCGUUAUGCGUAUUCUUUUUUCUUCUAUAAUUUGAAUUAGUAAAGAAAAUUAUUUUAAGAAAAUUGUAAUGAACAGAAAAUAAAUGGAUUUAUUAUAAAUUUAACAAGGAUUGAAAAUUGAAGGUGGAAGUUUGAAAACUAUACAAUAUUUAAAACAAAAUCACGCUGCACGCAUUAAUAACAAGAUAAUGAAAUAAUGUUUGGAAACACAAGAACCAUACACACAAUUAAACAUUAUUUAAGGCUUUUAAAAAAACGAAAAACAUAAAACAGUUCUAAAAUUUUUAUUUAAAAAAAAAACUGCAGCUGAAAAUGCAAUAUACGAAACUGCAAAUUUAUUGCUCUUUAUAUUAUAUAAUAUAUUCAAUCAACUAUUAUAACCUAAACACGUAUAUAUAAUACACACAUGCAUACACACUAAUUUUACUGCUACUUUAUUUAUGAAUAGGGUACAUAGUACUGUAUGUAUACUUAAACCUUAUACACAAAACUAUAAACAGUAAUUGAAUAAUUCGCUACUUUGAUAUAUAUUUAAUGAAGAUAUAAUUGUUACAUAUUUAAAUACUGAAAUCGAUUUGAAGUUGUCCGAGAAGGUAGUGAUUUGAAGACCUAUUAUACAUGAAUUAUAUAUAUAUAUAAUCAUAUAUAUAUAUAUAUAUACAUACUUUCUAAUAUAUAUAUGUAUGUAUAUAUACAUCAA